AUGGCCCAAGGUAAAUUAAAAGUAAAAACAAAAUUACCAUCAACAGUAAAAGAAAAAAAUAAAAAUAAGAAAAAUUUCGCUAUUCGACGACGAAAUAAUGCACCAAUUCAGCCUAAAAAGAAGAAAUUUGAAGAAGCACAUAAAUUAAAACAAAUGAUAACAAAAACAGUUAACAAAGCAAUGGAAGAUGAAUUGAGAGAGAAAGCUUUAGAAGGAAAGAAAUCUCUUACAAAAAAAGAUUCAUCUAUUUUAAAAAAAAAUUAGGUUAUUCAAUGUUAAUAUCAAAAAAGAAUAUUUUUUUUAAUUUUUAUUUAAAAUCAUAAAUAUAGAUGUUUUUAUAUAGUAACUGUAUUUUAUCAUAUUUAUAGAAAAUAAAAAUAAAUGAUACAAAAUAUUUAAUUAUUUAACUUAAUCUAAGCUAAUAUAUAUGUAUAAGGAUUCAAAUAACAGGAAAUAUAAAGCAAAAUCAUGUACCUAUUAAAACUUAAAAUUAUUAUUUUAAUUUAAUUUUAUAUUGUUAUUCCAUAGAAUAAUUCUGAACAUGAAAUCAAUGGCACAAUAACUUAUGGAAUAUAAAUA